AUGCCGUUCGACCGUUAUGCAACCUUCCAGCCUGACGAGAGCACCUAUGCCUCCAACGCUCUGCGCAACAAUGCCAACGGAGUCUAUCCUGACAGGGAGGCCCUUGAACGAUUCAAGAUCCGCGAGCUCUGCGAAGGCUGGGGAAGUUAUCGUGACGCUGCUGAGUGGCAAAACUACCGCUCCAUGUUCUUCGACGACGCCUACAUCACCACCUCCUGGAAGCAAGGCAGCAUCGACGAAUUCAUCCAAGCAUCCAAGGACGGCUUUGCAGAGGGUUCGUCCUUCAUGUACAUCGCCCACCGGAUCUGCGGCUCGUCCGUCGAAACCAACACCCAACUCACGCGUGCUGUCUGCAAGAUGAAGACUACCAUCACGUGUCGCUUUACGUUCGACGGGGUCGAAAUGGAUAAUGAGGCCGACUGCCGCUUUUUCUUCCUACUUGAGAAGAGAGAGGGUCGAUGGGGCGUGUGUUUGUUCACGUUGCUGUUUGAUAAGGAUAAGUUUGUGCCUGUUAACCCAGAGAGGAGGUUCCGUGUCCCUGAGGAGGAGGUGGAUCAGUUUCCGUCUGGGUAUCGCUAUUUGGCUUGGGCGGAGGAGAAGAUUGGAAGGCCUCCGAAGUUGAAUUUGGAUAGUCAUGGUCCCGAGAAGAAUGUUUUGUACGGGAAAUGUAAGGAUUGGCUGGAGGGGAGGCUGGUGGUGCCGGAUCUUACGGGGGCUGAUAUUCCCGGUUGGAAGCCCCGUGUUGAUGCGUUUCGGGAUAGAGAGCUGUACAGGCCCCGGCUAUAA